AUGUCGGAAUAUUUGGGCAUAUACCCUUCAUCGCUAGAACGAAAAAAAUCGCACGCAGCAUACAAAGAUGACUCUGAUGAUGAAAAGAUUACUGGACCUCCCAAGCUGAGUGAUUUUGGCGUUGCACUGCUCAUGGAGAAAGAAAAUAUGGCUCCGUCAAUGGUACGGAGGGGUGAACCGUCUCCUAACAGCUUCAAAAGAGAAUUAAAGACAAGAUUCGGACCAACGAAUACAGAUUACUUUUCUGGGAGUAAUAACCAGACAUCUUUCAGUCAGACAUAUGUCUCUGCAAACUCAGGAGAGCCUUCACAAUCAACUAUCUUUGCUCAGUCCAGGUUCAAUCAGCAACCGAGUAUGACAACGAUGGAUACCAACGGAAUUAAGAUACCAGCGAGCGACUUAGAGACAAGUUUUGGAAGAAUCAAGAGUAUGCAACAGAAUAUGAGGGAAGAACUUACUACAAGACACGCGCAGAGGAGAAGCCGGCGGUUCUUACAUGGAACCAGGAUCGGCGUUUUAGGACCAGCUAAGCGUGCAUCAUCUACAAAUGGUGCCGAUAUGUCAGACCUUAGUAUUGGGAACGUUCAGAUGGUACAACAAACUGACAAUACUCCACUGGAGGAACACCGUGAGGUUCAGUCACCUGCAGAGAUCAAACCCGAUUUAACGAAAAAGGAAACGCGAACAAGAGAUGUUCUAGAUUACAAAUCGAUCGACUUUGGUGAUAUGAAUCCAGUACAGUACCUGAAACUGCACAAUCUAUCAAGUAGCGAACUCCCGAAAUUAUCAAAAGUAUACUUUGAGCGUCAAAGAGAAGAGAUUCACCAAAUGGCUUUGCAGAAAAGUAUAUCAUCUAGAGAGGCACUGACCAACAAAGUGCAGCGAUCAUUUUCCUCAAUUUCGAGUUCUGGAAACUCUAUCAGGAGAGAAAGCUCAAUGCCUUUAUAUCCGAGGAGGAAGCUAUCAGAUACCUCUGUUUCAUCUGCAGCAAAAACAAGCUUUCAAAGCUCAUUCUCUUCACCGCUUGCUUAUCCUAAGAAGAACUUUUUAAUCGAUCAACCAGUUGUUACUUCAAAGCCAGCAGCAGAUCAUGGCAAAAAUCUCACAAAACAGUAUGCACAACGUGAACAGUAUACCCUAGAAAGCUCUUUUAAGAAGAGAGAAGCACUUGCUAACAUCGAUAUAAACAGGAAUAGCCAAGAGUCCUUGCAGCAGCCCAAGCGAUUCAAGCCGAUCAGAACGCAGGAGCAGCUUAGCGAGUCGCAUUUGCCAGAACCAUAUGUCAACAAGGAGGAGUAUCUUAAUAGAGAACCACCUAAACCACGAGCUACAAAACGAGUGGAGAUACUGGAACCUAAACCCAGUCAAGGACAAUCGAGGAAAAACGUGGUGAAGGUUAAUGAUGUAGAAUACGAAAAAGUGGAACUAUUGGGUCGAGGCGGCUCAUCCAAGGUCUACAAAGUUCGAGACCGCAGUAAUAAUGUGUAUGCUUUGAAAAGAGUAGUUUUUGAUGAAUUUGACGACUCGAGUGUAAGCGGGUUUAAAGGUGAGAUCGAGCUUUUGAAGAAACUGGAAAAUCAGAAUCGGGUGGUACAGUUAGUUGACCAUGAGAUGGAGCACGGUGUUUUGUAUUUGAUAAUGGAAUGCGGUGAUCAUGAUUUGUCUCGGAUUCUAAAUCAUAGAGCUGGAAUGCCUCUCGACAUGGAAUUUGUACGAUAUCAUGCGAGGGAAAUGUUACGCUGCGUAAAAGUCGUGCAUGAUUCUGGAAUAGUCCACUCCGACUUGAAGCCAGCCAAUUUUGUCUUUGUCAAAGGUAUUUUGAAAAUUAUCGACUUUGGUAUUGCUAACGCGGUUCCUGAUCACACGGUCAAUAUAUACCGUGAGAACCAGAUAGGAACGCCAAACUACAUGGCUCCCGAAGCCUUAGUUGCUAUGAACUACACUCAGGAUGACGAGAAAUAUCAGCAACAAAACAGAUGGAAAGUAGGCAAACCCUCCGACAUAUGGUCCUGCGGUUGCAUUAUCUAUCAAAUGAUUUAUGGAAGACCGCCUUAUGGUGGCUUCCAGGGUCAAAACAGGCUACUUGCCAUUAUGAAUCCCGAUGUCAAAAUUAUCUUCUCGGACAAGACUUCAAGAGAUGAAACUAUACCGCGCUCUGCUUUAGAUACAAUGAAAGCAUGUUUGACGCGUAAUCCAGAUAAAAGGCUGACUGUUGAUGAAGUACUCGAAAGCAAUUUUUUGAAGCCUCUCAUGGUCACACCAUUUUUCAUUAGGGAUUUGAUCAAGAACGCAGUAAGGUAUGGCGCUGAUCAGAAAGAAGUUUCAAAAGAAAAAGUGGAGGAGCUAGCUGAUGAUGUUUUGAGUAGGUUAUCAGAUUUCAGACUAUAG